UCUGGGAUGUACAAAACCCUUUUUAAAAUAGUCUAGUUGACUAAAUGGGGAAAAAAGAAAAAAAGUAAGCUGGUCACACUGCGGUACAAGACAGUGAAUGAAAAAUAUAAAUAGCUGCUCCGCUGCACUGAAGAAAAUGACCCCCCAGGAUCACUGGAACCACCCCGGUGUUGACACAUUCAUCCAUUUCUCCAGGUUUAACUCGCGAGUGAGGGAGAGAGGGAGGGAGAAGCAGAGCGAGUCAGUAAACAGAGGCAGAAUGAGAGAGGAAGGGUUAGAGGACGUAUGAAAGUUUUAGACCGGUGAUCACGAUAGGUGAUGCGGAUAAGAUCUGGGGAUUCAUCCAGCUCCUCAAGAACAAGGAAAUUCCUCAGCAUGAAACCGAAAAGCAAGAUGAUAUCUGGAUCUUUUCCCACAAAGAAUUUGGACAUCCUAAUGUUUUGUUUGUACUUUUUUUGGUGUACAUAUAAAAGGCAAUAAGUCACAAUCUGAGGGACGUUUUGUGCACUUGUUUCACUUGAAAAAAUACAACAAUGAAUAAUACGGAGUUAAGCUAAUGAAUAGAGGAAACCCACAGUGCUGAGUUCAAGGAGUGUAAAACCACAGAGACAGAACAAAGAUGGGCAACACCUCGUCUACCAUGUGACUAAUCUAAAGUCUGGUUCCAACUGGAGAUAAUAAUUGGGAGGGGAAUACUUUGGAAACUCUUUUGCUCAAUACAUCGGAUUUUUGCAAGCAAACAGAAGUGCAUAAUUUGAAUUGAACACACCAUCACCCUCUGAUCGGAGGGAGUCCGUGACAAUGCUGGACGAGCCCACGGGAAAAACAAAAGCUCAAUUUUACAAAGCAGAAUGGAUGGCAAUAACGUCGUAAACCAUGGAGAACUCCGUUGGGCCGCACUGCUCAUUCUUCUGGUCAUCUUUCCUACCAUUGGUGGAAACAUCCUGGUCAUUCUGGCAGUAUCACUGGAGAGAAAACUCCAAAACGCGACUAACUUCUUCCUGAUGUCUCUGGCUGUUGCCGAUCUACUGGUGGGAUUGCUAGUGAUGCCCAUCGCUCUGGUGACUGUGCUUUUCCACUCCAGAUGGCCCCUUGCAGACUUCCUGUGCCCUAUCUGGCUGUUUCUGGAUGUCUUGUUCUCAACUGCGUCCAUCAUGCACCUGUGCGCCAUCUCCCUCGACCGCUACAUAGCAAUCAAGAAACCAAUACAGCACAGCCAGUUUAAGUCCAGAGCUAAAGCGUUGGCUAAAAUCGCACUUGUCUGGCUAAUCUCUAUAGGUAUUGCAAUACCUAUUCCAAUCAAAGGGCUACAAGUCUUCGAUCAUCCCAACAACAUCACCUUCAACAACAACCACACCUGUUUGUUGUCGCCAGAGGGCUUUGGGGACUUCAAGGUGUAUGGGUCUUUGACAGCUUUUUUUAUUCCCCUUAUAAUUAUGAUGAUCAUCUACUUGCUGACAAUCCAAGUACUGCGCAAGAAGGCCUAUCUUUUGAGAUCGAGAGCUACAAGGCCCAACAUUUCCACCGUCUUCCAGCAGGAAUUGCCGGCUGUCUCUUCACCCAAGAAAGUACCCAUUGCAAAUGGAAUAAAAAGGGACCGAACACUGAACCGUGUCACAAGGGAUGAGGCUCCUCUCCGCAGGAUGUCCACCAUAGGGAAGAGAUCCAUGCAGAACUUGUCUAAUGAACAAAGGGCAUCAAAGGUCUUGGGGAUUGUAUUCAUGUUGUUUGUUGUGAUGUGGUGUCCUUUCUUCAUUACUAAUGUGACUUCUGUACUCUGUCAAGGGUGCAACAGUAAUCUAGUGGAACAAUUGUUGGAUAUCUUUCAAUGGGUGGGCUAUGUUUCGUCGGGCAUCAACCCUCUUGUUUAUACACUGUUUAAUAGGACGUUCAGGCAGGCUUUUACGCGCUACAUCACCUGUAACUACAGGCGUGUGAGGACUCCAAAAAUGCAAAGGAGAAGCAGAAUUUAUUUUCGGUCAUCAGUGACUGAAAACUCAAAACGGUUUAUGAAACACAGUAAGAAGAACGGCAUCAGCCCUGUAAGCUAUCAAAGUCCUCUCCGGCAUCGUCCUACACAUCUGCAGACCUCUGCAAAUAACACACUAGAGAUGUUGCUUCUGGCAGGGAAUGAAGACUGCAAACCUGAUGAACAUGUAAGCCACGUGUAGGAUAUCUGACACUUCAGACGCAGAUAACAAGAUAGAGACAUGCCAUCGUGUUUCGUUGGCAAAAAAAAAAAAAAAAAAAAAAAAAGAGCUCAUGGGGAAACAGUGAGAUAUGGUCAAAAAGAACUUCAAGACCAUAUAAACAUAAGUUUGUUCUGCAUUGCAGUCAGUACAAUACUCCAUCUUGAAGCCUUGGACUGGGGGGGAUAUAAUGGCACAUAAGAUGAAUGUCUAACAACCACCAAAAGACAACACAGCUCUUGGGUGUGAAAAUAAUGGGCAGCUUAAUAAUUGGUAGUGCUGUGAAAAUAAACAUUACUUGGGGGCAAGAUAGGGUCAUCUUCGCACAUUACAAAUUUGGUUGACAGGGUCUACAACGUGAAGCCAAAAUAAGAAAGACAAGCACAAGCAGCUCAUUUAAAAAUCACAACUCCACUUACCUUCUGUAUAAAAGGAAAAAUAAAUACUUUACUGAAUUAUGGCAGGGCUUCUUUAUUUUUGUAGACCAAUCUUGAAUCAAGUGCUUUUGUAAAUGUAAGAAUUAUCUGUAGAUACUGACAUUUUUGAAGAUUCUUGGAACCAUUGCAAAAGAACUCUUGGAACUAUAUAUAAAUAAACUUUUUCUCCAGAUAAA